AUGAGAACUGUUUUUUUGUUAGAGAAUCAAACCCAGCAACUGCCUGCCCACAUUACGGAAGUGGAAUACCAGACCAAUUUAAAAGGUGACAAGAGAAGUGCACGUCUGAUGCUUGUUAUAAAUCCUGAAGUGGUACAGGAGUUCUACCCAGCCAAUGGGCAGCCAUCAUCUGACCAGCAUUACUGCAUGCAGAAUAUAUUGGAGAUGGUCAAGAAGCAGACCAGUCUCUCACUGAAGACUGAUUCCUUCGAAUUCUUGGACAAGACAACAUGCAGAGGAGAUCCUGUCAAACUGCGGCAUAAGAUCUUCAAUCUUAGCAAACAGAAGUCAUCACCUUCGGCAAAGAAGCAAGAAUCAGUGUUGGAACAUUUAAGUAAUAUUAAACUUUCUGAAAAAUCAGAUGAUGACGAUGAUGAAAAUAAAAAAUUUGUGAAACCUCUCUUAAAACUUGAAGACAAAAAUGCUGGUCUCUUCAUGACACCAGAAAGAACACAAUCAAAAAAACCUGCCUUGAUCCAUGAGGUUUCUGAUACAAAUAAUUAUCCUGUUGAACCUAGCUAUGAAAUCAACACAAGCGAAGAAAAUUGUAUUAUUGUUUAUGUGCAACUACCUGGCGUAAAAUCUGGUGCUGAGUGCGAAGUCGACUUAAUUGAGGAUGUCCUCACCAUAGAAGUUGAUAACAGAUACAGUCUUUUACUGCCACUAGAUGCUAAAAUUGAUGAAGCGAAGACUAGCGCUGAAUUCAGCGCCAGAUCAGCCCUCCUUACUGUCAAAAUUCCUUUAUUGACGCAGCACUAG